AUGUCCGGCGUGUUGACGCCACACAAUCAGAAAAUUAAACGCGGUGGGCGGAAGAAGACCCCGCUGAGCCGAUCACCCGCACCAUCCGGACUGUUAUCCCCGAACGAUGAUCAGCUGGAACGACAAAAAUCGCUCCUGUCCCGCGAAGCGACGGAAGAGAUGCGGCGGGAUUUCGCCACCGAGCUCGAAGAAAAUGCGGAAUCUGCGCCGAAGCUGUCGGCGGACGCGGUUUUGAACCUCUACACCAACUGCAUCAAGCUCGCGUCGGAGAACAAAAUCAACGCCAAAAACACAUGGAGCCUGGCUUUGAUCGAUCACAUCAGCGAUAUCGUGAAGAAUGAAAAAGAUGAAGACAAUCAAACUAACUUUCAAAAGGCGAGCUGCACAUUGGAAGCUGGUGUGAAGAUUUAUGCAUCGCGCGUAGAUUCGUUCCACAGCGAAACUUUCAAGAUGCUCGGUGGGAUGAACAAAGUCUCGUCCAACGGCGAAGAAGAAGAAGAUGAUGGACGACAAGGACUUGGAGACGGUGCGGAUGGGAGUCAAUUGCCGGAAGACGGCGAUGGAGCGAAAACAAAGAAACGACGAGCGACCGUAAACACUUUGGAGAUGCCGGACGCACACUCGUUGAAGCAGCUCGACGAAACGUUAGUCGUCGAUCCUCUUUUCCAAAAGACGAGUGCCAUGUUUGAUGAAGGUGGUGCCUCAGGUCUUCUAUUGACAAACUUAGCCGUACACAAAGGGUGCAAUAUUUGUUUUGACUCAGAAGAGGUGCCAGACUACACGAAGGGCGAGGACGCGCCGCUCACGGGGACGCUCGAUCUCUCGUCGUUGCGUGCUUCAAUCGAAGCUGCGACCACGGCCAUGGCGUCGGUGUCGCGCAUCACACCUUCUAUCGAUGAAGUUCAAGCUAUGCUCACGGAAGUCACGGGUGUUGCUCCCACCAAGGCAACUGAAGAAAGCGCAGAGGGUGCGGGCUCAUUCUUUACGGGUUCGUCGCUCGAAGGGAUAAACUUGGCAGAAUACGACGACGAAGAUGAAGAUAUUGCGGAGGAGUCGCCAGAGGACUGGGCUGCCGGUGCUGAUGGUUUCGAAGACGAAAAUUGGGCGGAAGAUGGCGACCAUGGUACAUCCAUGGAUGAUGAUACCGUUCUACCGACCCAAGAAGGUGGUUUGGAGUGGAUCGUUUCAUCUGGCUUAGGUGGCAAGAUGGGCUGGGCUGGCCCGACACACUGGCAAUUCAGAGCUCCACCUCGCGCCAAAUCGAGUGCUAACGGCGAAGACGACGGUGAAAACAAAAACCAAAAGAAGAGAGGGAAGGGUGAGCUCACUUAUGACUUUGAAAAUCCGAGCGAGCUUGAUGAACGAAGAUUUGAACUCGCCGUCGACGAGGACGACCUGUUGUUGGCCACAGCACCGAGUGCGUCCGACACUCUCCUUCCACCAGAUCUCGGUUAUGAACCAUCCAAUCUGAUAAAACUUUUCUUGAAGUCUCAAAACGUGGCGAGCUUGGUAAAUAGUGAAUCCAUGACGAAUCAAGACGAGGAAGGGUUCACCUUUGGCGCAGAUGAAGCUGGAGGCGAAUUCGAUGAUGGUGAGGAGCUGGUCGGUGAAGCGGGCGGGUGGUAUGACGCCAAUGAGUUAGGAGACGAUGACGAUUUUGUGGAUGCCCCGCGACGUGUGGAAAAGAUUGAGGUCAAUUACGCUAGGACCACGAAGCAAGUGAACGUCCGCGCUCUCAAGCAAACGCUCUGGGCCAACCUCGAAGAAUCAACGUCAGAGGAAGACGUGCAUUCUUUCAAUGAGAUGCUCCGGGAAUUCCCCGUGAAUAACCCAGCUGGACAUGUUGAAGAUAUCAGCGUUCAUAUGGCGUUCAUUUGCGCCCUUCACCUUGCUAAUGAGCACGGUCUGGUCAUCAAGAGCGUCCCUGCCAUGGACGAUUUAUGCAUCUCAAAUGUUCCAUGUUCAGUGAAUUAG